GAAAAGAGUCGAAUUGGAGGGUGCUUUUAUAAAUAAGUCUAUCAGCCCUUAUGCGGUUAAUCAUAUUCAUAUUUGGUCUUCCUCGAACGGUUGGUUCUUCUUAUCUGCUCUCGUUGACCUCUCCGGAUCUAUCGUUCCAUCUAGCCUACGUCUGUAGGCCAUGGCUUCUCUCCUAAGCUAUAGGUUGACUAAAAGGUGUGGGGAUUAUACUUUGGGGUGGGAUGAGAUCAGAUGUGGCUGGUUUGCUGUUGAAAGAGAUGCAGAACGUAAUGAAUGGAAGGAAGUGGAUCCAGACCUGAAGCAGUUGGGUCGUGGUCUGGCAGUUGAGUAUACGGAUCCACCCGACGGCACUGUUAAAACUAUAGCGAAUGGAUAUGGGCAUGUGGUGGACUUCGUGCCGUGUGAGUUGGGACCGGAGCCAGGGUUUUUGCAGUGGACACCUUCAGGCACUCGCAGUAGGCGGAGGAGGACUAAGGGAGAGUUGGAAGCAGAACGGAGAAUGCCUAAUAAGAUGAGGUUGCCUGAUCCUGCGACCUUGGCUCACACAUACAUACCAAGCGCACUGUCUUUUUCACCCACCUUCCCAACAUCAGAGGAGGACCAAGGGAGUGUUAAAAGCAGAACGCAGAAUGCCUGUGGCCUGAUCCUGCGACCUACGCUCACACAUACAUACCAAGCGCAUCAACUUUUUCACCCACCGAGCCAACACUCUCACCACCAUAGAUAACUAUACAAUUACUCCAGACUCAACACCAUACAAUUCUGGCAGGUUUUAAUUGAACAAGCUUUAAACUUCAUUUAAGAUCGUUAACGAGCUUACUUGAAUCCACUCAUAACAAAAUGUAUGUGUGUGUUAUAACAUGUGUAAGAUAUGAGGUGCAUAUGGGGAGUUUAUCUCUCAUGUUUUCCUACAUUAAGCUAGAUCAAAUAAAUUAAUGUGAAUAUUAUACCUGUAUCCCAUCCUUGUGUGUAUUUUCAACUUUCCUUAAAACACAUAUGGCCAGGCUUCUUCUCCUUUUCAAGUUCUUGGUUCAAUUUAUGAGGGAGGGCUUGACUCAUGAAUAUUUAAUUUAGUGUUAAGUUGGUACAAUUCAGAUGGUGUAAGAAAAGUUCUAUUGAAUCACAA